AUGGAGCGCAAAGAAAUUGUCAAAAAGCUGGCCUCGGCCAAGUCCUCUCAGCACAGGCCGAUGAUGACGAUGGCCAACGGCGACAACACCUGGCUCAUAUCAAUUCCUCGACCAGCCGGCGGAAAAGGCAAAGCAUUCUACCACAUCUUGCAGGACCCUUGGCUCGUCGGAGAUGUCUUGACCCUCUAUGCGUGGAUCCUCCGCUUGCGCCACCCUCACAAGGAAGCCUUCGACAGCUUGGCCGGGAUUGAAAGUUGGGUCGAGGAGAUUGAGACCUCGGCAGGUGGCUCGAAAGACGAGGACGAACCGUGGCUGGACGCGGUUCUCGUCACUCACAUACUCGCCGACCAUAUGCAUGAAGAGACGUUGCGGAGUUUUGAUGCUAGCACCAGGGUCUUUGCUGUCAAGGAACCGGCAGCGGUUAUAUCGUUGUGGAAGCACUUCGACAACGUUGUCGUCAUACCAGAUUUUGUGCGCAGCACAGACACGACGUGGCCCAGCAUUCCCGAAAUACCAAGCUGGCUCUCCGUCUUCCGCAUCCCAGACGAGUGCGCGGUGUAUCCGGUUUUGUACCAUUGCAUGGUAAUCAGCUUCACUGGCGCCGAUGGAAAGAGCGAGGUGAUUCUAUACUCUCCGCACGGGGUCGACCCGGAUGCUGUCGAAGCCGCACAGAAAGCGAAUCCGGAGUCGACUGUGUUGGCGAUGAUACACCCGCUUCACAAGACUGGUCUCACGGAGAAAGGCACAACGCUCGGGGUCACAAACGGGUUGAAGAUUGUACGAAGGAGCGAGCCAAAGUACUGGCUGGGAACUCAUGAUGACAAGAUCCAGUAUUCCGGGCUUCUGAGUUGGGUGUUUAAUCACGGCCGCUUGACGUUGGACGAUGGCCUUGAGGAGGAAGCUAGGGAGACUGGGCAGAAGUUACCGAGGCCAAACCUGGUGGAGGUUGGAAAUGGCGGUGGUUAUAUUCUCGUGUGA